AUGGCGGUACUCUCUUUGCUUGUUUCCUCCUCGUGGGUCCAAGGUCUUGCUGCUGUAGCACUCUUAUGCCUCACAAAGUUGAUUUGUGACAUAUUGCUUUCGCCACUGAGAGGUAUUCCUGGCCCGCUACUUGCCAAGAUUACGGACUUCUGGCGCGCGGUUCAUACCUAUCGCGGCCGUGUUGAGCUCAAGCACCUUGAGCUGCAUCGCAAAUAUGGGGCCGCUGUACAGAUCGGUCCGAAUUGUAUCAGCAUUUCUGAUCCAAGAUUGAUUCGGACUAUUUACUCGACUCGGAAUCCAUGGAAGAAGAGUGAUAUGUAUAGGCCAAACGAUGUACUUAUUGAAGGUCAUCGUCUCUCCAAUUUGUUCAACUCCCAAGAUGAAGACUGGCAUAGCCAAAACAUUCGACCUAUUCGUGGUCUUUGGAGUAUGACCAAGGUUCUUGAAUAUGAGCCUCUAAUUGACGAGACCAUCAGCAAGUUCGUGGACAAGCUGUCUCUAAAAUUUAUUGAUGGUGAAAAUGCCAAUAAAAUCUGUCCUGCUGAUGAGUGGAUUGGAUUUUUUGCUUGGGAUGUCACUGCCAAUUUUAGCUUCGGUCGUCACUAUGGUUUCAUUGACCAGGAGAAAGAUGUUGAUAAUUUGAUCACUGACUCGACCGCUGGUCUUGAGUACUUUGCACCAGUUUCCCAAAUUCCAUGGGUCGACAAUCUUCUCGACAAGAACCCUAUCAAGCGGAUUGGCCCCAAGCCAACUCUCACCGGUGUUCUGUAUGCUUUCAAGGUCGUCGCAGAGUAUCAAGCUGAGCUGGCCAACAAAAAGAUCAAGAUCGGGUCCGUCGACCACACUCUAGACAAAUACGUCCAGUUGAAAAAAGCAUACCCAGAUAUGGUCAACGACCAACAGAUCGUAAACUGGCUAAUGCUCAGCAUUCUCGCUGGCGGUGACACAAGCUCUGCAACCAUGCGCGCUGUGCUUUACUACCUAGCAAAGGCUCCAUUAGCAUCAUUGAAACUUGCCACCGAGCUUCAAGCCACCUCUUUGCCCACACCUGCUCCUUGGAAAGAAAUUCGCGACCUGCCAUACCUGGACGCCGUUAUUUCUGAGACGAUGCGCAUCAAUCCCGGUAUAGCUAUGAUAUUUGAGCGUGUGGUCCCAGAACAGGGCUUCAAACUUCCAAAUGGACAGUUCUUACCAGCAGGAACCAAAGUUGGUAUCAACCCAUUUGUCACAAAUUGUGACUAUGGGGUUUUUGGGAAGGAUGCUGAUGACUUCAAUCCUGAUCGCUGGCUACAAGGCGAGAAUGAAAGUAUGGAGGAAUUUGAGCUUCGGCAUAGACGGAUGAAGGAUACAGUUGACUUUGUGUUUGGUGGAGGUGGUCGUAUUUGCAUGGGUCGUUAUCUUGCUAUGUUGGAAAUCAAGAAGCUGAUUGCUACGCUAUAUAGCUCAUUUGAUAUUCAACUAGCUGACUCGAAGCAUGAGUGGAAAUAUCGGAAUGCUUGGUUUGUGUACCAAUAUGAUAUGCCGAUGAUCAUUCGACGACGUACAGCUAGCACCUGA